AUGAUACCUUUUGACAUUGCUAGCUGUCUAUCAAAAAUUGGAUUCCUCAUCACCUUCCUCGCUGGACUGUUCUUGAUCUACCUGACAAUGGCACACAUCGAAAAUAUGGUCACCACAUACAAGCGGAUUAUUGUGUAUUUCGCAGUCUCUGGAAUGCUGUUUUCGGGGCUCGAAGUCAUUUCCCGCCCGUUUGCUCAUAAUUACAAUGGAGCUAUUGUGUUUUUCAGCACAAGCAAGUUGGAUUUAUCCCAGGAAAACCUGCAGAUAUUGAUUUCAAUUUGGUCUGGCUUCUAUUCUCUAACCAUUGCAUUCAUUUCAUUUCAAUUCGUUUAUCGAUACCUGAGCUUGUUUCAUGUGAACAGUUUGGAAUAUUUUGAUGGAUUUGGAACUGUAGUUUGGAUGGUAUACCCAUUGAUUCCUGGCGCGAUUUAUAGUAUCGCUUUUCAUAUUUUCUGUCAGCCAGAUGAAUACACAGACAGCUACGUCAGAUGGGAACUCUUCGAGACCUAUGGAAUUGCAAUUUCCGAAAUUCCCCGCUUUUUUAUGGUUCCAUUUGACGCAUCUGGAACUCUAAGGAUGGAAAGUGUGAUUAACAUUUCUGUGGACUUAUUUCUUAUUGGUUUUCAUUACCUCAUCAUACUGUAUUGUGGACUACAAAUGCAUUUCAAUAUGAGAAAGGAACUUAGAAAGUUCUCAGCUCCUCAACGAAGACUCCAGCGGCAAUUCUUCAAAGCACUUAUUGUUCAGAGCAUGGGGCCAACGAUUUUUCUAGUUCUACCAGCUGCUCCAGUUCUAUUGACUCCAGUGUUAUCACCUCUCCUGGAUGUCAAAGUCAGCUGGCAAACCGGAUGGAUGUUUACAUUGAUAGGGCUGUAUCCACCGUUUGAUAGUAUCGCCUUUAUGAUAAUUGUGUCAGAAUACAAAAACGUUAUCAGAAAACAACUCAAGCUGCUCAUUGGAGAUAAGACACCGGUAGCCAGUAUUAUGUACUCAAAGUCCAGUCGAACACUUUGA